CGGCCAUUCAGUUGUUCGCGAGCGUUUAAACCAGUUGGACGGACCCACUUAAAUUGUUUUGAAAUUUUUGUACUUCAUUGCGAAUAUUUGUUGCUAUUUGUCGCAUUUAUUGCAAUUAAGUUGUGUGCAAGACCGAACAAAACAAAAAAAACAAGAAACAUAAAAGAAAACAAAAUCAAAAGUAAAACAACGAAAAUUACAUGCAAUAAAAAGACACUCACAGAAGGCAUUCAAUUGAAGGCAACCAUACAAAUAAAUAAACAUAAAUAAAAGAAACCUUCAUAACAUGACAAAAAAGCUAACUAGCUUUAGCUACAAGUUAGCUUUUGUUUGGCUAACUUUUGUGUUGUUGCUGUUGCAGUGUUGUGGCGGUGCACUGGGUUCGCCGAUGUUGUACAAGAAAAAUCCGCAAGACAAAUAUGAAGCAGAUCUUGUACCCGUCUCCUCAACUGUCAUACCGCUCACAGUGCUCGAAGUCAGCUAUGGACUAGGCGGCAAGCCCAGUGAGGAGUACAAGCAGGCUUAUCUGAAGAAACUGCGCAAGAAGGUGCAACUUAAGCAACAUUUAAAGCAGCAGCAGCCACAACAACACGAUGAAGAUGAUGCUGAAAUAGCAGAUCCCGAUACGCUCAUAACAAUCAAAAAGAAACAUAACGACACCAAUAAAGCCAAAGUCAAGGGCAUCUAAAGCAAUUGAAGAUGACAACGAUGACAGUUAGCGCGCAGGGGCCAGGGCUAUGCUUGAAAUGACAUUUACUAAUAUAUCAGCAGUGAUAACAACAACACCAACAACAAACACAACAACGAAAGCAGCGAAAACCACAUAAGCAACGGUAGGAAAGAUGACAGCAAUCAAUGCUGAAAUCAUUGCAAAGCUACGCUGGAUGGCUAGCUGGCGUUGUGCACUCACCCGGCUUUUGGCGCGAAGGCGUACAGAUUUUAAGUGCAUUGCUUGCUGCUUCGAACAAUCUGUUUUUAGCAGUCAAUAAUGAUGUCACUACGCUUCAGCACAAUUUUAGUGUAUGGAAUAAUAGCGAUAAAAAAAGAGAAAAAGUUGUUGCUUGCUUGCUGUCAACCUCCUCCAGCUGUGAGUCAACGCAUCACUAACCAAUUUUAGUUGCUUUUGCUUACUUGGUGAUGUUUUUGGACAUCACAGUUUUCGCUGUCACUGCCACAUACGCACACACACACUCCCACACACACAUAAUUGUAUAUACUAACACGCAUACUUAUUCAAUAUUUUAAUCCAUUGAUAUUCACUUGGCUUCUACUAGGCAGCAAGAAAAUAGUUUAUAUGUAUGUAUGAAUCUACAUGUGUACAUAUGUAGAUAAUGCAAUGUAUUGAAAUCACUUAAAACAAGAAGAAAUACGAUAUAAAACCAUUGAAAAGCGUGAAAAAAUCCAAAUUAAUUAUUUUGUCGCAUUUGUAAAAUUUUAUACGGGCUUUAAUAAGACAGCCAUUCUAUGUAUGUAUGUAUAUAUGUACGUAAAUACUUGUAUAUAUGUAUAAUACUUUAUUUGUACCAUAUUUGUAACUGUUAUGUAUACACAAAGCAAUGUAUAUAUCAAUUUGUUUUUCUAUCCAAUAAAUGCUUGCAUUCAAA